AGUAAUUUUGUUAUACUAAGUAAAUUUACCUUUGGUUUGACCAUCAUUUCCUUCAUGUUGCAGAUAACUCUUUAAAAUGAAUUUGAUUUUCAAACAAUAAAAAACAAAACAGCAACAAAACUCCCUCUCACCUCCUCUCACCUUCUUUAGUCCUUGCCAAAGUGUUAAUAUUACAGAAGUACUGUGAGAAUUUCCUGUGUUGUGGUUCCUGGAACACUUUAGAGGCUUGUGAUUCUACUGCUUCUUAUUCACACUAAAAUACAUGUCUCACCAAUAGAUGAUUCAAGAGCAUCAUUUAAAUGCACAAUUUUUCAUUCUCUUUUUUGGCUAAAUUUCUUCAUACUCAACUUUCAGAUUCUUUAAUCUCCAGCUCAGCUCCAACAAUUCAACGCUGUUCUAUCUGAAAAAGUACACAUCGUGCCUUCUCUACUUCGCUCUUGGAACAUAAUUUCUCAUGGCAGUGUUUAAGACCACUCUGUGGAGGUUAAUUUCUGGGACCUUAGGGAUAAUAUGCCUUUCGUUGAUGGCUACGUUGGGAAUUCUGUUGAAAAAUUCUUUUACUAAACUGAGUGUUGAGCCAGCAUAUACUCCAGGACCCAACAUAGAACUCCAGAAAGACUCUGACUGCUGUUCUUGCCACGAAAAAUGGGUUGGGUACCGAUGCAACUGUUACUUCAUUUCCAGUGAAGAGAAAACGUGGAAGGAAAGUAGGCAUUUCUGCGCCUCUCAGAAAUCCAGUCUGCUUCAGCUUCAAAACAGAGAUGAGCUGGAUUUUAUGAGCUCCAGUCAUCAUUUUUACUGGAUUGGACUCUCUUACAGUGAGGAGCACGCCGCCUGGCUGUGGGAGAAUGGCUCUGCACUCUCCCAGCAUCUAUUUCCAUCUUUUGAAACUUUUAAACCAAAGAACUGCAUAGCAUAUAAUUCAAAGGGAAAUGCUUUAGACGAAUCCUGUGAAACUAAAAAUCGUUAUAUCUGUAAGCAACAGCUCAUUUAAACGUUUCUUAGGGCAGAGAAGGUGGCGAGUAAAGACCCAACAUUACUAAUAAUGACACAGUUACCUGUUAUAUUGUUACUAAUUGUCUACUUCUGGAGUCUAUAAAAUGUUUUCAAACAGUGUCUUACACAAUUGUCAUAGAUGUGAAACAAUGUGUUUUAAAAUUGAUGAAAUUUGUAUAUCUACAUUUGAAAUUAUAAAAUUAAUAUGAAGAAUUUUAUGAGUAUUUUGAUUUAAUGUAUCUAUUUAAUGUUAAAUUCGAUGUCGUUUUAUUGCACGUUUAUGUAAUUUUAUUUACAUUCUUGCAAAUUCUCAGCACAAAUUUCAAUAAAAUUUAAUUCACGUCAAAUAAAAUUUACAAAAUAAAAUUUAACUCACAUUGCCCAGGCUGGAGUGCAGUGGCAAGAUCAUAGCUCAUUGCAACCUCAACUCCUGGGCUCAAGUGAUCCUCCUGAUUCAGCCUCCCAAGUAGCUAGGACUACAGGCUCCACACCACUAUGGCCAGCUAAUUUUUCAUUUUUUUGAAGACAAGGUCUCACUGUGUUGCCCAGGCUGGUCUUGAUCUCCUGGCCUCAAGGGAUUCUGCCACCUUGGAUUCCCAAAGUGCUAAGAUUGCAGGUGUGAACCACCAUCCCUGGCCCUCUUCACAUUCUUGUAUGAAGAUUGAUUUAGGAAAAAUGCACUUCAGUUAACUGACAAAAUAUAUAGGAUGAAAUGUAAUAUCUUUCAAAUGUUUAAUUUGAACUAAGAGAGCUUAUGCAUUGCACUUUCUGGAGAUUUGUAAUGUUUUGGAUUUGUUGUCCAUGUGAUUACAAAAUAAUAUAUUUUUAAUUAAAAAAUUUAAAAUAAUACAGGCAAGCAUGUAACGAUUAUAAAUUUUUUUUUUUUUGCACCAACUCUCCUAUCUCCCUGACCUCCUCCCAUUAGGCAUUAUCUUCUGUAUUGAUUUUAACACUUAAAGUGGUUUUCUCUGUUAUGAAUCAAAGCUGGUCUAUUUUCAUCAUUUUCAUGAUGAAAAAAUUCAUUUUGAUUGACUUAGGAUGGAAGGAUUUGGACUGGGUCCGGUGGUUUAUGCCUGUAAUCCCAGCACUUUGGGAGGCCAAGGUGGGUGGAUCACUUGAGGUCAGGAGUUUGAGACCAGCUUGGCCAACAUGGUGAAACCCUCUCUCUACUAAAAAUACAAAAAUUAGCUGGGCAUGGUAGUGUGCGCCUGUAAUCCCAGCUAUUUGGGAGGCUGAAGUGAGAGGAUCUCUUGAACCUGGGAGGCGGAGGUUGCAGUGAGCCGAGAUUGUACCACUGCACUCCAGCCUGGUCGACAGAGCAAGACUCCUCUC